AUGGGCAAUCCAGAAGACUCUUUAUCUAUUAAAGGAACUCCUCUUUCAGGCAGAGUAUGGAAGAAAAAUAGUAAACCUGUGAGACUUUUGACAGCCAAGAGCAAACAGAGCGCUGAUGAUAAAGUCAGAGCAAAAUGGGAAAAAGCCAAGAGACUAAAAGAGGAAAUGAAGGAAAUAUCCAAGGAUUCCAGGGAACUCAUCGAAAAGAACAAGGAAAUUAGGAAGAAAAGGAUAGAGCAGAUCAAGUUAAAGAAGCAAAAGAGGUUUGAAAAUGAGAUUAAAUCCGCAGGAAACAAUGCAGUUGUAGUAAAAUCAGCGAAAGUUAUGAAGAUGACCAAGAAGGCCAAAAAGAAGCUCACAAAGGUCACACCUGAAGUUAUUAGCAGUAUCCUGAGAGGACGAAGAAGAUAA